CUCCACAUGCACACACCCGCGGCGGGAGGAGGAGCGGUAUGUUCCUCGCCGUCUUCGUUUCGCCAGUUUAAUUUCCCUUGCAUCCUCGCCUCUUUUUCUUCUUCUUCUUCUUUUUUUUUUCCUUCAAUUUUAAUUUCUUGUUAUCCCUGUAAUUAUUUGUCGCGGUGCUCCAGCCGGCUCCCGGUGGAUAGGGUGGAUCGCUUCUCGUGGGAUCCCCGCAGCUCCUGGGGAAGGUUGCUGACACUGUGGCUGCAGUUUAUUCACAACAUACCAACCAAACACUAGUAUUUGAAGAACCACUUGGAUAGGCACAGUUCCUCACCCAGCAUGCCUUUCAAAGCUGGAUUAGAACUGACUGAAUUGCAGAAUAUGACUGUCCCUGAAGAUGAUAACAUCAGCAAUGAUUCAAAUGAUUUCACAGAGGUGGAAAAUGGCCAGAUAAAUAGCAAGUUUAUUUCAGAUCGAGAAAGUAGAAGAAGUCUCACAAACAGCCACCUGGAGAAGAAGAAAUGUGAUGAAUAUAUCCCAGGAACUACUUCAUUGGGGAUGUCUGUCUUCAACCUUAGCAAUGCAAUUAUGGGCAGUGGGAUUUUGGGUCUUGCUUUUGCCUUGGCCAAUACGGGAAUUCUCCUUUUUCUGCUGCUUUUGAUUUCAGUCACGCUGCUGUCUAUUUAUUCAAUACAUCUCCUGUUGGUGUGUUCAAAGGAAACAGGGUGCAUGGUGUAUGAAAAGCUUGGUGAGCAGGUCUUUGGUACCCCAGGCAAAAUGAUUGUCUUUGGCUCUACAUCUCUUCAGAAUGUUGGAGCAAUGUUGAGCUAUCUCUUCAUAGUCAAAAAUGAGCUGCCUUCCGCCAUAAAGUUUCUAAUGGGAAAAGAAGAAACCUUUUCGGCAUGGUACGUGGAUGGACGGAUUCUUGUUGUCAUAGUGACAUUUGGCAUAAUCCUCCCUUUGUGUCUCCUUAAGAAUUUAGGAUAUCUUGGCUAUACCAGUGGAUUUUCAUUAAGCUGCAUGGUAUUUUUCCUGGUGGUGGUUAUUUACAAGAAGUUUCAAAUUUCCUGUGGUGUACCAGAGCUAAAUGCAACAUCUAUCCUAUCAAAUAGCUCAGCACAUGAACAUAUGUGUAAGCCAAAGUAUGUUAUCUUUAAUUCCAAGACUGUGUACGCUUUGCCCACCAUUGCUUUUGCAUUUGUGUGCCACCCGUCAGUCCUCCCGAUUUACAGCGAACUUAAAGACCGUUCACAGAAAAAAAUGCAGUUGGUUUCAAAUAUCUCAUUUUUUGCCAUGUUUCUGAUGUACUUUAUGACUGCCAUAUUUGGCUAUUUGACUUUCUAUGAGAGUGUGCAGUCAGAUCUGCUUCACAAAUACCAGAGCAAAGAUGACAUCCUGAUCCUGACCGUGCGCUUGGCUGUGAUUGUGGCGGUGAUACUCACUGUGCCGGUCCUGUUUUUCACUGUGCGUUCAUCGUUAUUUGAGAUGGCCAGAAAGACAAAAUUUGACUUAGGCCAUCAUGUUUUGGUUACUUUUGUUCUUUUGGUUAUCAUCAACCUGUUAGUCAUUUUUAUCCCAUCCAUGAAGGAUAUUUUUGGAGUUGUAGGGGUCACUUCUGCCAAUAUGCUGAUUUUCAUUCUUCCUUCGUCGUUGUAUUUAAAAAUUACACAGCAGGAUGGAUCAAAGUUGACUCAGAGGAUUUGGGCUUCUCUUUUCUUGGUACUGGGUAUAAUGUUUUCCCUAGUGAGCAUUCCCUUGGUCAUCUAUGACUGGGUACAAUCGGGAGGCAGUGCUGAAGGCCACUGAAGUUCACCCCCUUCUGAAGAGAAGACACCCCUGUUUGCUAUACACCAAAAUUGCAACCAUCCGUUCUGUUAUCUAUUCCAUCUUUUGUGAGUUUACUCUAGUCAAAUCCAAAUAAUUACUAUCCAGUACUGAAAUUACUGUUAUGGGUGUAUUUUCUUGAAGAAAACAGACCCAUUUUUCCAACAGACAUAUCACUCUGGUCCCCAAUACUGAGUUAUCAGAUCAGCGAUAAGUCUCUGUUAAUUGUCCGUGAGACUAUAUAGAGCAUUGCUUAUAGGAAUUCAUCACAAUUAGUUUCCCCUCUUCCACCCAUGAACUGCAUUGCUUCAUUGUUGUCCUUAGCCUUUCAGCCACAAGUUCUGCUCCUUUAGGGCAGCAGCACCUGUUGCUAUCAAUUCCGCCUAGAGUGAUGUCCGUUCACACCCUUCCCUCCCUCUUUUAGCCAAAACUCUGCUCUUGAAUUGUACACAUCUGGUUUGUUAGUUUGUUUGUUUCUUCUGUUGCAGUUGCAGGCACCAUUUGCCUCACUGGGUUAAGUGUAGCAUUGUGGAUACAGGCAUGAAAAGCACCACGAGAACAUAACUGAGUGCUGUAUAAGUGUAGGUCCUAAAUCUGGUGCUUCUCUCUGAUAUUCUGGCGGGGGAGUCAGUGGCCUGUUCAUGGCUUUUGGGAACAGACUAUGUGUGUCUUUGCGAUGGGCUGCAAGGAGCAAGAGAAGGAUGGCCACCACCACGAGCCACCGUUCCCCUGACACACUUCAGUUGGAGGCUGCCAAGAACUAGACUUGACCUCAAACCACGAGUACUUGAGCCUGAAGAGAAGCAGACGUUCUGAAAUUUCCAUGGGAAGUCUGCAUUUUCUUCAGCAUUAAACUGUUCAGUAAUGCCCCACUCCUCUCAGAAAAAAAGAUACCAAACUCCAAUUUUAUUAAAACCUACACAUUUAAUCAUACCUCAUGCCUUUUCCAUUCUAAGUUUCAUUUGUUCAUACCUUACCCUCCUCCUACUGAAGUUAGCAGGGUCUUUGACAGCAGUGGGAGCAGGAUUGGACUCACUCUCUAGUGGAAAUUGAAAUCUGUAACAUUUCUUUAAAUGAACUUUAAAAAGAAAUACUUUUUAUAUUUAAAAGGUUUCAUUUACAUUUUUCAUCAGUUCUCCAUUACAGUUAAAAGACAUUCAGUUACUACUAGCAGAAACACUGUAACUUGCAUCUGUUGUCCACAGAAUAAGCAUUUGCCUAAUGCCUUAUAGCUGGUGUAGAGAACUACUUGUAGAGACUUAAAUGCUAAGCAGGUGAUUGUUCACCACCCUGAGCAGACAUCUUCUAUUACUGCACUGCCAGCAGAAAUGUGUGCACUUUGUGUCAUUCACCAUGCGAGCCAAAAAGUGUCUCAGAAUAUGAAUGUGGCUCCCACUGAAAGCACUGAUGGCUAAAGGGAGCCCCAGGCAAGCCCCAGGGCUGAGUGAUGCCCUCAGUAUGCUCAAGCCAUAUCUCUCAGUAUGUAGUAACCCUCUUGUUCCCAGUAGCUGGUUCAUUGACAACUCCCACUGUAACUGUGGAAGCAUACUGUCAUCAGCUGUGAGGAACCUAUCAUUGCAACUUGCUCUUUUUAAGGGUAGGGAUGGAGUAUUCGGGGUCUUGGGACCUCUGUGAGUUACUGAAUUGCCUCAGUUGCCUUGGCUUGAAGUCACUGAGAGUUGGGACCACAGAGCGCAUCUCAGGACCUUGAAAGUUGGUUUCUAAGGAUAAUAUCCAGAGAGGUUACUUUGGGGCCUUCCUUAGAAUUUGGGCAUGGAUCUGCAGAGUGUUCAUGCUACAGAGACUAAGCCUACUAAGCCCAGACUUCCAGAUCUGUACCUCAGCCCAGGCAGUGAGGUGCCUGCCUCUGAUGAUAUUCCACUGUGAUCCAGAAAUAAGGCAGAGUGCACUCCACAGGCUGCCCAAGUCCUUGGAGUAGCCCAGCAGCAAGAACAAAACUGGAAGCCUUCUCCCUUCAGGCAAAGUGACCUGCUAGAAUGCAGUGCAGGGUUCCUUUAUUCUGCCUUCCUUCUGGUCCCUGAGACCUUCACUCACAGGCUCCCAGCAAGAUCUCCAGUGUGGCAUCCUUUCUCCCAAGGACCCCCUAGCCCAGCCUUUAACACAUGAACUGCUGAGAUACCUGGGACCACUGGGCUAAUGUCCCUUGUGCUUUCCUUUGGCUGGUCUCAGACCCUUGCCUGUGAUGGUGCAGGUUACCAGCUGUCUCUGUGCCAUCUCUUUAUGGGACUGAUCCCUGCCCUUAUUCACAAAGAAGUCCAUACCAUAGCCUACAAGACCAGGUGUUAGGCAAGCUCUGGGGAGAAGAACCUAUGCUUUGUUCCUGUCUCUUUGCACCUCAUUCACCAUCUUGGCUGUAAGUUUGUGGUUCCUCUUUUGCAGGCACCCAGCCCUCAGUGGUCACUGCAGCUGGAGCCCAGCAUCUCACUCCUUUCUCUGACUCAGCUUGCUGAGGUCACAUUUCAGGUUUUGAGGUGCCUUAUAAUCUCUCUGGAUCUUAUACUAAAAAACCUAACUCAGACCUGAGGAUGCUGUACAGUGUUAUCCUUAAGAUGCUCCAGGGUUCUCCUGCUUUCCUCCCCGCUUUAUCCUUCCGCUACUGAUUAAUGCAUCGCUCUGUGCAUCAGGGGUUAUGAGAGAGGAGAUCCUGGGAACAACUUUCAAGUACCCAGGUAUGAGCUAGAGGUCUGAUCUGCUGCACGGGGUUCCAACGAGGUCUCCUCUGUGACAUCUCCCUCCCUCCUGUAGUCUUCUAUUUGAAAUACCAACCACUGAGUUUUGGCAUCCAACAUCCUUCGACUGGAAGGGCUGUUGGGUCACUGAUUGCUCCUUGUAUCUUCCUAAAACUCUUCCAUCACUAUGGCUUUCUCUCCUCUUUGCUGUUCUUCCUUCUCCUUUUUCCCAAUUAUUUGUAUACUGGAGUUUUAGUGAAUAAAUAGGGAGAAUGAGCUGAAUGUGCAUAGAGUGAAAUUACCCAAGGUACAGGACCACCAAAGCAUAUCUUAGAUACUGAAAAAUAGAUACCCAAAAUAUUAAGUCUUUAAACAGACUUUGUUUCUGGGUCUCUUAACUAGGAAAAACCAAACCAACCAAACAAAAAACACAAAAAAACAACCAAAACAAAACAAAACAAAAAAAAAAAAAAAAAAAAAAAAGAGAAAGAAAAAAAGGGGGGGAAUAUUGCUUAGACUGAUUUGCUGGCAUCAUAUUUAUAGAUAUUUAUGGAAAGGAAUCAUGUGUUUAUUGAUGUCUGUGGUAAUGAACGUGAAAUAACGUGCUUUUUGUUUUCUCAUCAGGUUUAUACAUUCUUAACAGAAUGCAAUAGACCCUGCUGUAACUGUCAACAUCAGUGAUGGAUGACAAUAUUUGUUUGAGGUUAUCUGUAAAAUGUACUGCUGUUAUUCAGUUCAUUUGGAAUAGUGAACCUGUAGCCAAUGAUUGUAUGAGUCCCACAUUUUAGCUAAGAUUUUAAAAGCACAGUGAAAUGCUAUACGAGUUUCUCUGUUGUUAAAUUAAUAGGAUCCAGAGUACCAUAUCUACUUAGUAGGGAGUAGCAUGCUUUCUUUUCAUAGAGAGUUUAUCACUAUUGUGAGCACUGCAAAUGUCAUAGACUGGAUGCAGAAUUGCUCCUAAUAACUGCAACAAAAAGACUUUAAAAUUCUCAUUUGCAUAAUCGCAACAAUCGAGUGGUAAGGGACAAGGAAAGACUAAUCAGAAGCAGGGACUACUAAUGAGACUGUAAGAGUUAAUCCUACACUUAAAAGAUGACCUUGCUGCCUCUCCUAGUCCACAGCACAUCGCAAAGAAAAUAGUCAUGGGCUUAAAGCAACCAUAAUACAGCUGCCCUUCUCUGUCCCAUGGCACACAUGCCUAGUAAGUGAAACACAAUAAAUUGUUAUUUGGGAACAGUAUCUCAGGAGCAGUGACCUCUCUGGGUGAUGCUUGCUCCUGGUCGAAGGGCCAAUGCCAAAUCCGUGCACCAGCACAGACCUUUUGUAGAGCUGACAUGGACCAAGUAGUGCCUGGCCCAUGUGCAGGCCUAGAGCAGAACAGCUGCUCUCAUCCUGUGAAGUCAGGGAUGGGGAUGCUCAUCUGCUCCUGAGGGCUGCUCUUCUGAGGCACAUUCGAACCUGUGCUCCACUUGCACUAGGCCACAUGUGCAAGUGUGGGCUGGAUAAUCCGUGGGUUGUGUCGGUACAUCUGCCUUACAAUGCAUAAGCGCAACACAGCUCUGAUAUUGAGUAUUAAGAGUAACAAAUAAUGGUAUCUCUAGCUCAUCUUUAAAUUAAAAGGUUUCUUUGCUUGAACCUUACAUUAAGGCUAAAGAGCAUCUCGGUCAAAACAAAACUCUUUCCAUGUGGUGGUGUCCCACGUCCAGUCCUACUGUCCCACCCCAGUGCCUGCAGGAGAAAGGCACCACAGAAUGUACUCAGCUCCAUCAGCAGCUCCUAGAGAUGGCUUUAUCAACUGGCGCCAGGGGGCUUUCCUAAACAAGUCCCCAGAGCCCUUGGCGCUGGAAAAUCCUUAUUUCCUAUAACGUACACAAAGAAUGUUUUAUUUGUAUCUAAUGUAAGGAUUUCUGUAACAAACUGUGAAAAGAAAAAAAAAAAGAUAAUGAAUUAAUAAAAAGUACAGGGCUGGAAAGGUCUAGAAUUCACAAAUUGUACACAUGCCUAUGUUUCUCAAAACAAAUCUAUGCAGUUGUGUUGUAUUGUAGGAAAUUUCAGUUUAAUGUACAUAUAUAUUGUAAAUAAAUAGGAUGCUGUAUAUUUUUGCAGUUGUUUUUCCCCUAUGAUAUAGAAGUGUUGAGAUAGACUCUGCAUAUUAAGAGUAAUUUAAAUAGAAAUACAGAUACUUUAGCUUCUUAGCAAAAUGCAUAUCCUUUUCUUUCUCCCAAGAGUUCACAAGUUAAAUACUAAACUUGAAAUUACAAUUGCAUCACUAAUGUGACGAGAAAAAGAAAAAUAAAAGGUCGAAUGAAAUUGCUAGAAUUAAUUCCAGUGCACGACUCCCUGUUUUCUCAAGAGCAAGUUUGUCAGUCUUCCUGUUGAGUAAAACAUCUCCCUUGUAAAGGGCCCCUUUGGUAUGCAGGUACCUCUUACAUCCCAGGCUGAGGUCAGGUGUAGUAAAGUGUUGAAAAGGCUUUAUGCAGAAACCAUGGCAAACUGCAACCAGCAAUUUGACCCAGCGUUAUGCCAUGUUGCAUCCAGGCAUAUAUUUACCCAACUAGGCCAAACAGGUCAGGGCAAAACUUCUGUAUUUCCAUUUUCAGCUACCAGAAAUGCCUGUUCUUCAGAAAAAAAAAGUACUGCAAGCAAGGGGUGGGCAGCAACCAGAGCAAUUGGUGCCAUUUCUAGCCCCCCGCCCUUCCUGCAGAGUCCUGUGGCUGCUCCUCCGCCACAGACCCUGCUGCUCUCAUGCAACCAAAACACUAAUGCCUGAGGAUGCCAAGAACAUCCCCAGCCAGAGACUGCUUGCACAUCCCACCCUGUGAACAGGCAGAGGCCAGUAUUUUGGUCAUGGGAUAGCUGCGUGUCCAGGGGUGAGGGCGAUGGGAGGGAAGAGCUGUGUAUGUCCCGAGAGUGCCUUCAUCAAAGGCCUUGUAUAGACUUUCUCACUGGUAAAGCAUGAAAACAUGUUUUUUUCAGGAUUGCUGAAAAAUGGAGGUUAAGGAAAUGCAUCUAAAAAUAAUUGUAUUUUUUUUCCAUGUUUACUUUGUGAGCUUGGAUGAAAAUGAAACUUGAAAUAACAUUUGCUUUCACCAUGAGCACAAACUGAGGGAAAAAACCUAUAUACAGUCAGUUCAAGAGAGCUUUUCAAGUUAAUACAAGUGUACAUUUUAUUUUCAAUGUUAUAGCCAACAAAAUAUAAACUGUAAAGGUAUUUUUCCACAAGACUUGAACUUAAACUUGUUUAUAGAAACCUGUUUUUAGUGUCCCAAUAUAUGUUAUGGCUCACCCAGAUCCAGUAUAAACAACGGUGUUUGAAUGAUACAUGCUUGAUACAAGCUCGCCUGUAAUAGAUUGUUGAAGUGAGUCAUUGGUAAUAUUUUGCUCCUGUUAACAUCACCUGUUAACUUUGUGCUGCUCAUAUCCAAAUAAACAACACAGUUUUUCAAUUUCUGUGUGUAAAUAAAAAAAAAAUGUAUUGAGUUCUGUAAUCUAUCUGUUAACUCUAUAGUUUUUAAACAUUAAAAUUGUGAUCUAAACUAA